AUGGUUGUACGGUAUUCCUUGGAUACGCGCCUCUGCCACGCUGCCACUGGGAGCUGGCUUCAAGGGCGUUUAUCUAUAGAUUUAAUUGAGAUCGCAGGGACUAGAGCCCACUACGAGAAGACGAGUGGUGUGGAGUUGGUUGUCCGUGGGCUCAGGGGUGGUGUGGGGGGGCAGUGGUUCCUCACUAAUUGCCCCUCUAGGACCCUGCACCGGCUUAAGUUGAUGAGCUCUCCCAGUCUGAGCGAGCUGGGCAAGUGUGAGAAGGGGUCGCCUGAGGAGAGAGGGGAGAAGCAGAAGAAGGCCGGGGCCAAUGCAACGUGGAACAGCAUUCACAACGCCGUCAUCGCCGUGUUCCAGAAGAAGGGUCUGGCUGAUAACGAACUCUACGCCCUGAACGAAGGCGUGCGGCAUCUGCUGAAGACUGAGCUGGGAUCGUUCUUCACAGAAUACUUGCAGAAUCAGCUGCUAACAAAAGGCAUGGUCAUCCUUCGAGACAAAAUCCGAUUCUACGAAGGUCAGAAGCUGCUGGACUCUCUGGCCGAGACGUGGGAUUUUUUCUUCUGUGAUGUUCUGUCCAUGCUUCAGGCCAUCUUUCACCCAGUGCAGGGGAAGGAGCCAUCGGUCCGACAGUUGGCUCUGCUGCACUUCAGAAACACCAUCGUCCUGAGUGUGAAGCUGGAGGAGGCUCUCUCCAGGCCCCGCGCCCGGGUUCCCCCCUCUGUCACCCAGAUGCUGCUCAUUCUACAGGGGGUACAUGACUCUCGUGGGAUCAGCGAGGAGUACCUGAGGCUGGAGUCCCUGGUUCAGAUGGUGGUGUCGCCCUUCCUUGGCACGCAUGGACUGCACUCCGGAGAUGGUGUGGAGGCCAACUGCUGCGUUUUAGAGAAGCGAUUGCCCUGGGGUUUGGCAAAGUCUGUGGAUCAGCUGUCCAAGAACCCGGUCGUGCGUUCCAAAAGCUACAACAUUCCCCUGCUGCUGACCCCCGUGGCCGAGUAUGACCCAGAUGCCAGUUCGGUGGGCAGUGGGGGGAUCCGGCGCCACUCGGCCUGUGAGAUAAUCUCCUGCCUGGAGGAGCAAGGACUGGUGUACAGCGACCGGGCGCCGGGGUCAGAGCUGUCCGUCUCCUCCAACAGGCUGUGUGUGGGCCCCCACUUCAAUGGGUCCAGCACUUUGGCUCUCCCUCUCUCUUCUUCCUCGAUCCUUCCUCUUCGCUCCUCGGGGCCUCUCCACGGCACAGAGGCCACCACAACAAUGACCGACCUGAGCAAAGGCACGUCCUCCACCCCGCCCAGCGAAUGCUCCAGCCCCGAGACCAUCAUCGGACAAGUGCUGGAAUCGGCCGACUCGGACACGGACGGGAUCUUCAUAGACUUCCCUCCGCACGCCGCAGACCCUCUGGGCGUGGCUGUGAACGGAGCUCUUCGCCACAGACUUGGCUUUGCGUUUCUGUGUCAAGCCCCCUCCUUCUCCUAG